AUGAACAACAAUCCUAUUGUAUCGCCAAUGCAGCCGGUUGCGCCUCCAGCCAAGAAGAUGAAGGGGUCUGGAGAGAACGUUGAUAGGGAACAUGCCACUGUAAGGAGGCGACGAGAGGAACUGGAUCGACUCAAAGAGAAGCAACAGCAAAAGCGUUCCACGGGUGCCUCGGCAGGAAUCCGCGGGCCAAGAGCAGCAGGCCCACCAAGAGGAGCCCCACCUCCUCCAAGGGUGGCGGUCGGAAAUGGACCACCAUUAGGAGGGCCUCCAAAACAAGCGGCCUCACCCGUCGCGAGGAAGUUGGAGUUUGCUAAAGGGAGAUCGCCCGCGCCUCCCUCCUCUCGAGCCCGCAGUGCUCCUCCCACGAGACCUCCACCUCCUCCUGGCCCACCUCCCAUGGCAAAAGAAGCUCCUGAUUUCACGCCUUCCAAGCAUCUGGCUCCUCCAACACCCUCCAGAGACAGGUCUCCAGGAAGAGCUCCUCCCACCACACCGGCCCGUGGCUUUGCUGCUCGACCGCCACCAACCACAUUCGGCUCAAAACCCAAAGCUGCCCCUGGUGCUCCUCCUAUCAUGCCUGUCACACCAAGAGGAAAACCACCUUCCCCUGUCGUGACACGUCCAGUGGUGGCUCCGGUUCGACCUCCCUCGCCAACAGUUGUCAAUUUGGGUUUACCCAAACCAGAAGCACUCAGCGACGGACCACCGAAGCCGACAAACAUUCAACCAAGGGCUCCAUCUCCGACCGUAAUUAAUUUUGCGCCUGCCCCCAUGCCCAUGGCUGAUGGACCACCAAGGGAUCCGUCUCCAGCAAUGCUGAAUGCAAAACCAGUCAGCGUCCUCGAUGGACCACCCACAGCGCCGGAAAUUGUCACAGUAGGAACAAAGUCAGAAAUUUCAAUGGCAAAUGAUGGACCGCUAAGCCUGGCACCAGAGUUGGUUGUCGAAAAAGAAGACACAGCAUCAAAACCAAUCGUUCCGAUCCAGUCUAGGCGAAACAUGAUUCAAACUCUGGCUCUUGGGGCUGAUACGCCGGCAAAGAUCGUACCUCCAACAUCAGAUAACACGGCAAUUUCAGACAGCCCGGCUGUCGCGGCCCCCGAAAGCAGCUUGUUGCGCCUCGAAAAAGAAGUGCGGGAACAUGAAAAGGCCAAGGCGGAUGCCCUGCGAAGAGUGGCUUUGUUGGAAGAACAGCUGCAGAAAUUCAAAGAAAAAGGAGAUGCCUCGGACCAGCUUGGAACGCUGCUCGCCAUUGCGGAUAGAGACGGAGACGCUUCUGCACUCCAUUGGGCCAGGGCAAGUGCGUCAGGGGAGACACCCAAGGCAAUGUCUCAGACAAGCUUUUUCUCUCCUUUGAGCCCAGGCCUCGCCACGCCCAGGGCUGGCAGCCACAAGCGUGCCCCAACUCCUCGUCCAAAACUAGACAAGGGUGACGGCAACGAACAAUUGGGAGUAGAUUUGUUUGGCGAGGCCGUGAAAUGCACGCCUUUCGAGUUCACGACGGACCUUGCGACCUUCAUAGUCAGGCGACCCCACGAUAUGGCUACUGAGCGUGAACUGUGGUUUACUUCGGGAUAUGCGAAUGCAAAGAAGUAUGCGCGACAGGCGGACGUGAGGAAGCCAUACACGCUGGAAGUGGUUGCUAUUGUCGCGGCCGAUUCGAGUACACUAACUCUCAGCAGCAACAGCGAUGUGCGCCACAACAAUGUCGAGUCCGAUGAAUGGAAAGAGUUUGGAAAUGUUGACAAGAUGUUGAAACCACUCGGAACUGUCACGUACAUUGAUACUGAUGCCGUGGAGAAAGAUUAUUCACUUGAUGAAAUUUACGAAGGUGCUGUAUCCGCAAGAGAGACCUACUGCACUUCUGUCAUGUCGAUGGCCCUCGGUCUAAAAGUGAGAGGACCCGCUGUGAACCAGGCGCCAGCCCCCAGUCCGGUCCCUCUCCCUACCAAGAAACCAGUGCAAACGUCAGAGAUCGGCGUCAACACGGAUGACUUGCCGAUUCCUGCAGCUAGUCAGCCCGGAGCUCCAAAAGCACCCGAAGGAUCUGGGGAACCCAAGCCGGAAAUUCCUCCCUCGAAAGAACCGCAGCCACCUCCACCCGAUAUUGAUGAUGGCCCGGAUACUGUGACGCUAGUCCUCGGUGCUUUUGUUUCAUUGCUGCUGUGGACGGGGAAGACUGCCCUUAUUACCUUCCCCAUGAAGAUCCUGCAGUCUUUGAUAUCUUUGCUUCUGUUCUGUCUCCUGGUUUCUCUCUUUUCCCUGCAAGUAGAGGAUGGAGUGCCAAUGGGGUCGACCCAUUAUUUCAGCAAGGGGGCUCUGUAGGCAUUUUUGGGCGAUACGAUGGAGUUCUCGAUGUUAGCAGGUGCCGUUUAUUGUGGAUUCGAUUCAACGCUGUAGAAAACGGAAAAGUGAAGACAAAAU